CCAGACAAUGAAUAAGGGUCUUAUCAAGUGAAACGAUCGCUCAGUUCAUACAGUUCAUUUUCAGAAUGAACUUCACUGACAGAGAGAAGGCAGAACUCACAUCCUGUUUUAUUUUUCUUUAUUAAGCAAAAAGCACAACACUUUGUAUUUAUGGUGAGUGUACACAAAAAAACAGACACUUAACAGGAUUGAAUGAUGUAUAACAAUUGUAAGAUCAGAGUAUUUUGAGUCUCUUUUGCACAGUGAGCUAAAAGUGAAACCGCACAGCGCACUCACUGUGUGCUCAUAUUAUGGCCACAAUGUGAAUCACUCCAGCUAGAAAUGUUAUUGGACAUGGACUCCAACGUCACUCACAUGUCAUAUUUUGGUUGAAAAUGAAAAUUGGGUUAACUUUUAAACAUCGGAUGUCAUGAUGUCGAACGUCAUUAAACAACUCAACAAACAGCAUUACCAGCUUCUCUUAUUACUAACCAGACUGACUUUAUUUCUGUCAGUGGAAAAGCUCAGUGCAACACAUCAUUUAGGUGUUCACAAAGUACUCAAAGUGAAAGUAUUUACAAUAUUUUGUGCAAAUACCUGACCCUUACACACUAGAGAAUCAACACCAGCAAAUAGGAUAAUUGUGGUUGAUCCUAUAUAAAAAAAUUCACUUUUUGGGUAAAAACUCUGAGCUUGUUAACGUUUCUCUCUUGCCCUUUUUGUUUUUUUGCUGUACAUUGUGGAAUUUUUUUUUUUAGUAAUUGAGAUUUAACCUUUAAAACGAGAAAUAUUCUGAUCACAACAUUAUGAAUUCACAUUAUGGUCUCUGUAGCAUAAGUUUAUGAGGAAAAGCAUGCAUAGAAAGGUGAGCCACAAGCUUAAUUACCUUUACUCAAAUAUCUUAAGCACAUGAUCAAUUCUUUAUGACACACCCCUACAUUUGUCUAAGCUUCCUGAUGGCAUGCUGUAGUGAAGUGGGUUGAGUCUGUGAAUCUAUAAAAUCUCUACGCAGUUCUUUAGAUGCUCAUUAUCAUCAUCCUCUUUUGCAACGACGAAGAAGACGACGACAAAGAAGUGAACAUGUCUGAAGAUGCAGCAGAUGUUCUUUGUGACACUCUUUGUGACGUAAAGAUGAUUUACAAGAAAAAUAAAGAGAAAAGAAAGACACAAAUCAUUGAGGAUUUGCAAAAGAUCACACAGAAAUACUCCCUUGACUUUUCAAAGGACAUCAUGAAGAUUUUCAACGACCCGAUUCAUGGUCAGAUUGAGCUGCACCCCCUGCUGGUGAAGAUCGUUGACACUCCUCAGUUUCAGAGACUCCGAAACAUCAAACAACUGGGAACAAAAUAUCUGGUGUAUCCGGGAGCCACUCACACUCGCUUCGAACACUCCAUUGGUGUGGCGUAUUUAGCAGGAUGUCUUCUCAGACAUCUUGAUGAGAAUCAGCCUGAACUCAACAUUACCAAACAAGAUUUCCUGUGUGUUCAGAUCGCCGCUCUGUGUCAUGAUAUGGGUCAUGGUCCAUUCUCUCAUUUGUUUGAUGGCAUGUUCAUUCCUGUUGUAAAGCCUAAUUCCACUUGGGAGCACGAGAACGCCUCUGUCGGCAUGUUUAACUGCAUGAGAAAGAAGAAUGGACUGGACAAAGAGAUGGAACAAUAUGGACUGAAUUUGGUUGAAGACAUCAAAUUUAUUGAGGAAUUAAUUCUGAAAGGGCAAAAUGAGGAAGAGUGGUCAAUGAAGGGCAGAGAUGAAGACAAGUCUUUUCUCUAUGAGAUUGUUGCAAACAAACUGAAUGGCAUUGAUGUGGACAAAUGGGACUAUCUGGCUCGGGAUUGUCAUUAUCUUGGCAUUCCAACAGCCUUUGACCAUGAGCGUCUACUGAAAUCUGCUCGAGUGUGUGAAGUGUGUGAAGUGAACAAGAGGAAGCACAUCUGCUUCAGAGACAAGGUGGCAGAGAACAUUUAUGGCAUGUUUCACACACGAUACACUCUUCACCGUCAGGCCCUUCAACACAAGAUCGGCUACAUCAUCGAUGUCAAGAUAAGGGAUGCGUUUGUACUUGCUGAUGACAUGCUGGAGAUCUCACAUGCCAUAGAUGACAUGCUGGAGUAUACAGAACUCACAGAUCACAUCUUUGAUCAGAUCUUAAACGAGACUAACACACGUCUGAAAAAGUGUGUUGGAAAGGCCAAAUUGAAUGAAAACACAUUUGAGAGAAUACUGGAGACCAGCUUGGAGGUAAUGUCUGAUGACGAAAAGAUUGAAGAGUAUAAGAAAAUCCUUAGUGAAAGCUGGAAAAUUCUCAUUGAGGACAAACUGAGGGCUUCUGACUUUGACAUUUGUGUAUCCAAGUCAGAGAUUCAUAAAUGGCUUGUUAGUGUGAACUACAAUAUACCCAAUAAGGAUUAUCUGAAGGUCCAGCAGAAAGCUGAGGAGUGCUUUAAUAAGUGGUGUAAGAAAGAGGAGUGCAUUGAUUCAGACCUCCUGUCUGAAGCCCGAAGCAUUCUGGGACGCGUUCUCAACAGACAGCUGCCAAAGUUUGUGGGAGAGGCCCGACUGAAGGAAGAUGAAUUAAAGGGGGACAGAUCUGGACCCCAGCCUAAAGCUUUCAAGAUGAAAGUCUAUAAGAAAUAUCUGAAGAAAUGCUGGGAGGACGAAUUGAAGAAACCCGAGCUGGUGUCCAGAGCUAAGGACUUUGAAAUUCAUGUUCUUGAGAUGGGAUUUGGUGAAGUGGGGAAUGAGCCCAUUGAAAAUGUUUAUUUUUACAGCAAGAAUGAGCAAAACAAAGCCUUCAAGAUGGAGAAGUACCAGGUGUCCAGUCUCAAGCCAAGGAAGUUUCAUGAAUGGCUUGUAAGGGUCUAUUACAAUCCAAAGGAGAGUCAGGUCCAGCAAAAAACUGAGGACGAUGAGCGAAAGAAUCGGGAGAUCCAGCAGAAAGCUGUGGACUUCUUUCAUGAGUGGUGCAAAAAUAAAGACUUCAUUGAUUCAGUGUGGGAGGAUAAAGAUCUGCAGGACUCCAGUGACAGCGAAAAACCAAGUUCAUCGACACAUGGUGCCGCUGCUCCUGCUGCUAUUGAAGAGGAUAAAGAUCAAACUUCUGUUCACAAGAUUUUCCAGGACCCGAUUCAUGGUCAGAUUGAGCUGCACCCCCUGCUGGUGAAGAUCAUCGACACUCCUCAGUUUCAGAGACUCCGAAACAUCAAACAACUGGGAGGAACAUAUCUGGUGUAUCCGGGAGCCACUCACACUCGCUUCGAACACUCCAUUGGUGCGGCAUAUUUAGCAGGACGUCUGCUCAAAGUUCUGCAAGAGAAACAACAGGAGGAUCUUAAAAAGAACCAGGAGGAUCUUGAAAAGAACCAGAAGGAUCUUAAAAAGAAACAGAAGGAUAAAAAACAGAAGCUGGAGGAUGAAAAACAGAAAAAUCUUCUGGAGAAGCAGAAGAUACUGGAUAACGACAUAUUGUGUGUCCAAAUUGCUGCUCUGUGCUAUAAUUUAGGACAUGGUCCGUUCUCUUACGUGUUCACAAGAUCAAUGAACAAGAUCAAGCAACAAGUCCCGACUGAUGAAACAUGGGAGCACGAGGUGGCGUCGUAUUCUUUGUUUCUGGACAUAGUAAAGGAAAAAAAUCUGAUAAGUGAUCUGAAUGAUCUCAACUUUAUUAAAAAGUUAAUGGGGGUUGAUAUUGCAGAUCAAAAGACAGGGAGGCCUGAGGAGAAGGAUUUCCUGUACGACAUUGUGGCAAAUGAAAGGAACGAAAUUGAUGUGCGCAAAUGGGACUAUUUAGCAAGAGACUGUCAUUACCUUGGCAUCCCAAACAGUUUUGACCAUGAGCGCAUGCUGAAAUCUGCUCGAGUGUGUGAUGUGGAGGAGACGAAUCACAUCUGCUUCAGAGACAAGGUGGCAGAUAAUGUUUAUGACAUGUUUCACACCCUAUACACCCUGUAUCUCCAGGCCUACCAGCACAAGAUCGUCAACAUCAUUGAAGACAAAAUCGCAAACGCCAUCUUGGAAGCUAAAGACACACUUAAGAUCCCACUUAAGAUUUCAGAAUCCUCUUCACCAGAUGAAAAGAUGAGGUUCAUUAAACUGACAGAUCACGUCUUUGAGGAGAUCCUGUACUCCACUGAUGACAAGCUGAAAGGCGCCAGAAGAGAGCUUGAGGAUAUUGUGAGGAGACGCCUGCCAAAGUGUGUGGGAGAGACCAGAAUAACAAAAGAUGAAGCAGCAGAGAUAGUCUUUCCUGGAGAAGAGACCAGAACAACUAAAGAGAAAGAGACCAUUUUUAAACGUAACUGGAAUGAAGCAGUGGAUGAAUGGAACGAAGGUCACCCGAAUGUGUUCUUGGAUAAGAAGGAUUUCAGCACUGAUGUAAUUCCACUGGAAUAUAAUAAGAAUGGUAAAAACCCCAUCAACAGUGUCUAUUUCUACAAGAAGCAGAAUCGUACUAAAGGCUACAAGAUUGAGAAAUAUGAGGUAUCCAGUCUGAUGCCAGAGAAGUUCACUGAAUAUGUUGGUAGGGUUAACUACACAAAGAACUCUGAUGAGGAGGAGAAGGACGCUAAGGAGUGCUUCAAGUGGUGGCGUGAGUGUGUGAUUCAGGUCUACAAUAAAGAAGACUUUAAAGGGAACAACUGCUUUAUCACAGGGGACUGUCCAUCUUUGGACCUGUGCGGUAUAGAAGAGGUUCGCUCCUGUAAAGUGAACAAAGGCGUCUGGAAGCUCUAUGAGGGUCGUGGCUACACCGAUCCCCAUUACCUACUGAGUGAGGGGGAGUAUCGCGAUCUUGUUGAAAUAGGCGGCGCCAAACCUGCGCAGUCUCUAAAAGGAGUGACAUCAUUUGAGAUCCAGCUCUAUGAAAAGGAGGGUUUUGAGGAGCCAAUGCAUGUCACCACAGUUGACUGUCUUUCUGUGGCGGACCGGUUUGGUAUGAAUGCCGUUCGCUCCUGUAAAGUGAACAAAGGCGUCUGGAAGCUCUAUGAGGGUCGUGACUACACCGAGCCCCAUUACCUACUGAGAGAGGGGGAGUAUCCCACUCUGGCUGCAAUGGUCGCCACCAACCCUGUGCAGUCUCUAAAACGAGUGACAUCAUUUCAGAUCCAGCUCUAUGAAGAGAAGAGUUUUGAGGAGCCAAUGCAUGUCACCACAGUUGACUGUCCUUCUGUGGAGGACCAGUUUGGUAUGAAUGGCGUUCGCUCCUGUAAAGUGAACAAAGGGGCCUGUAAGCUCUAUGAGGGUCGUGACUACACCGAUCGCCAUUACCUACUGAGUGAGGGGGAGUAUCCCAAUCUUGUUGAAAUAGGCGCCGCCAAACCUGUGCAGUCUCUUAAACGUAAACGUGAGAGAGAGUAAAGUCUGACCGGUUUUAAUCUUUAAAGCUCAGCUGUCAAUUUCAAGCAUUGAUUCAAUAUAAUUUUAAUAGAACACAAUCAUUGGUUUACUUUAUGGCCAAAAUUAAGUUUUUUUAGUUUUUGUUUUCUUAUUUAGUGAAAAAAGGUGGAUCAGGAUCAAAUCUAAAGUUAUACAGGGUUGGAAUGACAUGAGUGUGAAUAAACUGUUUAUUACUUGGCAUAUCAUGCAAUUAAUUUGGUUAACAACCCUUCUCUGAACUGCCGAAGUCAUGGCACAUGCAUCGAUGUCAGCUUUUGUGAAUAUACCUUAUUACAGAGAUGCCGAUGACAAAAAUAAAUAAAUAAAUUACAAAUACAAGUACAAAUACUUGAUGCGUUUCUUUACAUUUACAGUAGGAUAUUUGGGUAUAAUGGCUGAUUUAUAAUAUUAUCUGAGUAGCUUUAUUUGCUGGUUGUUUUUAUUUCACACAGUGUGGUGUUGUUGGAUAUAUAGGCACUAGUGGUUAACAGGUGAUGUUUAAGAGUUAUGCUAUAACGAAUGUGUUUGAUGAUUGAUUAAUCAGUCCAUAUUAUAUGAUUUAUUGUGGGCAGAGAUUUCCUUUCCUUAUGAGUGAGUAAUUUUGGGUGUACACAGUUACAGGGAAUAGUUAAUCUGGAAUGUAUCUUUCUACUUUCUGUUAAUCGUUUAACCUUUUAAAAGGUGUUGGAGUUCAUAUCUGUGAUUUUGGGGAAAGCAUUAAAGUGAUAUGAAAAAAAAGUUGUGCUUUUUCAAAGUGACUCAUCAAAUAAAUGUGAUUGUUUCAGUUAUUUUUGGCUGUAGUUUCAUAUUUUGUGAUAUAUGAACCUUUCUAACUACAGCAAUUCAUUAAACAAGU